UUUCCGACAAUGUGUGUAUAUAUAAACCAAACCAAAACAAAGGGGUCUACACACAUGAGGUGUUUCAUCAUUGAAUGUUUUGUUGACAUAUGAACUACUACAAAGUCAUCAUCUUUGAUUGAAAAUUCUCACCUUCUUCAAUUUCUUGUGCUUACAAGGUAUUUACUAAUGGGUACUGCUAAGUCAGCUGUUGAUUUAAUGGGAUCUUCUUCUGAAGUUCAUUUUUCUGGAUUUCACAUGGAUGGUUUUGAGAAAAGAGAGGCUAGCAUAGAACAACCAACAACAUCAGCAACUGAUGUGUACAACCAACCUUUCGUCAUAGGUGUUGCUGGUGGUGCAGCAUCCGGCAAAAAAACAGUUUGUGAUAUGAUUGUUCAGCAACUUCAUGACCAGCGAGUUGUGCUUGUUAAUCAGGAUUCUUUUUACAAUAACUUGACUGAGGAGGAACGAGCAAGAGUACAAGAUUACAACUUUGAUCAUCCUGAUGCUUUUGAUACCGAGGAAUUGCUUCGUGUUAUGGACAAGUUGAAGCAUGGCGAAGCUGUUGAUAUUCCAAAGUAUGACUUCAAGAGUUACAAAAGUGAUGCAUUAAGAAGGGUUAACCCUUCAGAUGUUAUAAUUUUGGAAGGCAUCCUUGUUUUCCACGAUCCUCGUGUUCGGGAGUUGAUGAAUAUGAAGAUAUUUGUUGACACAGAUGCUGAUGUUCGUUUGGCAAGAAGGAUCAGGCGUGAUACCAGCGAGAAGGAUCGGGACAUUGGAGCAAUUCUUGAUCAAUAUUCAAAAUUUGUAAAGCCAGCUUUUGAUGACUUCAUUCUUCCAACAAAGAAAUAUGCCGAUAUCAUCAUACCUCGUGGAGGAGAUAAUCAUGUGGCUGUUGAUUUGAUCGUUCAGCACAUCCGCACAAAGCUUGGUCAACAUGACCUGUGUAAAAUAUAUCCAAAUUUAUAUGUCAUUCAUUCAACUUUUCAGAUACGGGGUAUGCAUACUCUGAUACGUGAUGCUCAGAUAACGAAGCAUGAUUUUGUAUUUUAUUCUGAUCGUUUGAUACGAUUGGUUGUAGAACAUGGUUUGGGGCAUCUUCCAUUUACAGAAAAGCAAGUGAUCACUCCCACUGGUUCUGUAUACACUGGUGUGGAUUUUUGUAAGAGGUUGUGUGGUGUCUCUGUCAUCAGAAGUGGGGAGAGUAUGGAGAAUGCCUUAAGAGCAUGCUGUAAAGGUAUUAAGAUUGGGAAAAUUUUGAUCCACCGAGAAGGUGACAAUGGUCAACAGCUAAUAUAUGAGAAGUUGCCAAACGAUAUCUCAGAAAGGCACGUGUUACUGUUGGACCCUAUCCUUGGCACAGGUAACUCAGCUGUUCAAGCGAUUUCUUUACUUAUACAAAAGGGUGUACCAGAGUCCAACAUCAUAUUUCUUAAUCUCAUAUCUGCUCCUAAAGGUGUACAUGUGGUAUGCAAAUGUUUUCCAAGAAUUAAAAUAGUGACAUCUGAGAUAGAGAUUGGUUUGAAUGAAGAUUUCCGUGUUAUACCGGGCAUGGGCGAGUUCGGAGAUCGGUACUUUGGAACAGAUGAUGAUGAACAAGUAGUGGUUGCUUCACAGUAAGGAAACCAAAUUCCACAAAAUGCUUUGGUUGAUCAUCCUUACAUUACAGUGAGACUACCUAUGUUGCAAUUUGCUCAACUACUAUUAUAACUUGGAUCACCAUGACAGUUCCAUGUUAUCUCUUUUACUAUAUUCUAGAACAAAUAUAAUUUGUACGUGAUUAAGACUAAACUAAUCAUGCAAAGAUUUAAAAGUUGUGAACUUAUAUGAAUACAUGGAUGGUGGAGCAUUCAGGGGGCAUAAAUGAAGCAACUAAUUAGUGAAA